UGCCUAGAAAUCCUUCAAGGAGAUGAAAGAAUCCGUUCCAUUCUUCGUCAUCAAAACUUACUAAAGGAGCUGCAGGAGAUUGCAGUCCAAGGAGCCAGCGAAAGGACGGAGCAGCAGAAGAAAAACAGCGGUUUCGAAGAUGAGCUUUCAGAAGUCCUUGAAAGCCAAAACAAUAAGAACACAGAAAGAGAUCUAUCAGAGGGGAUCCCUAAUGAAGAGCCCACCACCUCUUUUGCUGAGCUAGAGAAAGAGAGAGGUCUGAUGGACACGGAAAGGGAUGUUUCAAAAGAGGAUGAGAGCAACAGCUUGGAAGAGAGAGAGACGAGGGCUCGAGAAGUUGAUCCUGAAGAGGGAAAGGAAAAUGUUGCAGGUUUUGAAAGCAAUGAAGUUGGUGAGACUGAAGAAUUGCCUUGGGAUGACGCAGUUGACAAUCGUAUCCAUGAUGACCUUGGAGGCAAUGGGAUACAUGAGCAGGGACACCAGGAGGGUGAAGAACCUGCAGGGAGAGAGGAAGCAGAUGAGCUUGAGCAGAAGGAGCGUAUUUCUAAGAACAGUCAAGAGGAGAGCCAUGAAGAAGUAGAGGACCCUAUCCAAGACCAUGCUGAAGAUGAAGAGGAGGAGGAAGAGGAGGUGGAGGAGGAAGGAGAAGAAGGAGAAGAGAGAGGGACCUCUGAAGAGGAACGUGCUACUAAUUCGGAGGAUGAGGGUGAUCAAAAGGAGAUUGAAAAUGAAGGCACUAAGGGCUUUGAAAAGGAUGACAAGCCUUUGGAAGAGAGAGAGAAAUACAAUAGCUUGAAAGGUGGGAGGCAUCACUCUCUGGAGGAAACCACGCAGGCUGAAGAGCCUUCACGCGUCAGAGAUACUGGAAGCCAAGAAAUGGGAGAAGAGCCCUCCAAAGAUUUAGAAGAUGCCAAGAGAUGGAACAAAAUGGAUGAGCUGGCCAAGCAACUGACCACGACGAAACGUACAGAAGAAAACGAAAACGAUGAAGACCCAGAUCGUUCCAUGAAAGUGGCUUUCCAGACUCACAAGUAUGACUUCCGUAACCCUGAAGAGGACGCGAGGAGCCCCCAGGCGCAUCACUCAAAAGAGGACACAGGCGAAGGAGGCUUCCCGCUUGUUGCUUUGCCCGAAGAGAAGAAGGACGAAGAAGGCAGCGCGAACAGAAGAACAGAGGAGCAAGAGCUUGAGAGCUUGGCAGCCAUUGAAGCCGAGCUGGAGAACGUGGCCCAGAAGCUCCAUGCCCUACGGAGAGGCUGAAGCUUUUAAACUAUGUGCUACCUGAGCGGGGGGAAAAGCAAGAAGUUUAAACUCACCCUUUGAAAACACUGCGAUUUAUUUUAUUAAUUUUUUUUUAAAAAGGAGUUAUAAUGGAGCAGUUCCAUUCGGCAUAGGAAGCCAGUUAUCGGUAGAAGACAAGACUUUCCCCCUCUCUGUGUGUCCACAGUAGUCCUGCGCUUGAAUUGCUUGCCAUUCUGAUUUUGUGCCCCCUUUAUUGGCUAUCAAUUUUCUAUUGUAACUUUUGGAUUACAGCAACAGUGUGACUUACUUAUGUAUUUGCUGUUGAAAAAAAAAAGAG